AUGUCGAACCGUCGACUUAGGUCUCAAGAAACCAUCUCUUCUCACCGCAAGGUAGCCAUGCAAUAUGUGAACACCACCCAUCUGGCCUUCUCCAAGCAGGUCCGGGGACCCAGCUCAAGAAGCAAGCUUGCUUGCAAACAAUGCCGCGACCGCCACGUUAGAUGCGACCAGCAGCAGCCAUGUGGCAUAUGUCGACGACGCAACAUCCGGUGCUCCCACGGCGACGAUAUCCUCUUCACGGCCUUGCAAUGGAAACCCGAUAAAGAGACGGCAUAUGAACAGAGGCUUAGUCCGGUUCGAAUCGCGGGCUUCGUCGAUGAGACACUCCAAGUGUCCCAGCUCUACCAUGUCCUACCUCACGAUGUUACUCAUGACAAUCUGGUUGUCUCCAAGACAAAUAAUAAGGGCUACAUCUUCUCGCCGGCUUCACACACGGAAGUGGCCGCUCCCAUCACCAAUGAAAAGGAUGCUUUCUACUUGGCAAGGUACACCGACAUCAUCGGGCCCAGAUUCGACAUGUUCGACAGCACAUCUCGAUACUUCUCUCUCGCCCUUCCACGCAUGGCUCUCAGUAACCGCCUCGUGCUUCUCUCCUGCCUCGCAUGUGCCGCCAGGCAGUACUCGCUCGUCACCGACCGCGGUCAUCACGACGCGCUGGUGUACUACAACGAAGCUCUCAAGACAUUGUAUGAGCGCCUCAACGAUAGUGGGCACGAGGAAGCCACGUUUGCCAGCUGUUUGCUCAUUGCUCACUGCGAGAUGGUGGAAAGUAAAGCGAGUGACUGGAACUUGCACCUCAAGGGGACCGGGGAGCUGGUUAUGAUGCACCACUGGAACGGCCGAAGCGGAGGACUGGCGCAGGCGGGCUUUUGGAUUUACUACCGCAUGAUUAUCCUCGCUUCCCUCGCAUCCGGCAUGUCGGCAGCAGUAAAUCUAGGCCAGUUACUACCCUUGGGCUACUUUCCUAAUCCCACCGGGGAAUGGACCCUCGACGCCUGGCAAAGCAAAGUCGUUCAUCUUCUCGGAACCACGCACCGGUUCUGGGCCCGCAUACGCAACCAUCACCAUCACCAUCAUCAUCACCAAGACGACACGGACACUGCGCUCGACAAACUCACAGCCGAGUGGACCAGUCUCGGCGAUCAACUCCUGCGACAUCAAUCCCAAGCACCAGCCAUGUGCCACGCGUUGAGCGUCAUUCCAGCAGCAAAUGACAACGACGACGAUAUUAGCCCCUUCGAAUCCGUUCGUUACGUCAAUGGUCCCGUGUCGGCCGCUUGGCAGAUGUUGCAUACUGCUUAUUUGGUCCAUACUCUCUCGCAGCCGACUCCGCGAGCAGCUCGGUUGACGCUCCUUUCCUCGUCCGAGGUAGCGAACAAGGCACUGUCGUAUGCCCGGAUGAUUGUGGCCAACUCGAUUGCGAAUCGGUGUACGAUUGCAUGGGCGAAUGCUGUUCAACUACUGACCAUGGCCGGGCAGUGUCUUGUGGACGUAAAGGAGCGGCAAGCUUGUUUUAGGGCGCUGGAAAAUAUCCAGCAUCAUACCGGGUGGAAUACGCGAGUGAAUAUGGAGACUUUGUCUGCCAUAUGGAGACGAGCGACGAUAGAUGGCGGAGGGGUCAGCGAUUUGGGAAGGUUGUUAUACAUUACAUGGAUGGGUGAUGAGGUAGUUGUUUCCUAG